AUGCAGAUCACCAAGUCGCUCGUCGCAGCCACCGUUGCGCUCUACACUUCCGCUGUUCUUGGAGAAUCGGUUAAACUUGCCUAUACCUCCAAUGGCGACUUCUACCAGGAGGAGAUCGAUGCGGAAAAGCUCGUAAAAUUGAAGCAUCCAGGAGUCUUGACUGACAUCCAAAACACAGCUAACUGUGUUUUGUGGCGCCAUCACCCUAACCACCCUCCCGACUAUCAGGCUAAGAGGGGCACAAAUGUCAUCAUCCCACCCCAACAGCUUGAUUAUAUCUAUUGCUACGAGCCAGGCGGUGCCUGGGUUAACUACGUGUGGUAG